GACGCUGGCGCAGGCGGCGUACGCACCGCUGCGCGCAGUCGCAGUCGCGCUCUACCCGGCGGCAGCAGGGUCGGCGGGGCCGGCGCCGGGCGGCGGGAGGUGCGGCAAUGGCGCUGUCGCUGGGUGAAGGCGGCGGCAGUAGCCGGCUGCGGCGGCAGCUGGAGUCGGGGGGCUUCGCGGCGGGGGAGUACGUGAAGCAGCUGUCGCAGCAGUCGGAUGGGGACCGGGACCUGCAGGAGCACCGGCAGCGCAUCCAGGCGCUGAGCGAGGAGACGGCGCAGAGCCUGAAGCGCAACGUCUACCAGAACUACCGACAGUUCAUCGAGACGGCGCGGGAGAUCAGCUACCUGGAGAGCGAGAUGUACCAGCUCAGCCACAUCCUCACCGAGCAGAAGGGCAUCAUGGAGGCCGUCACCCAGGCCCUGCUCCUCCAGGCCGACCGCGAUGACCCCGCCUUGGGCGCCCGCCGCGCCGCCGCCGCCGACCCCUUCCUGCCGCUGUCGGCCAAGGAGGCUGCGGCCAGCGAGGAGGGGCGGCAGCGCACCCUCACCACCCUCCUGGAGAAGGUGGAGGGCUGCCGCCACCUCCUUCCCGAGAGCCCCGGCAAGUACCUGGUCUACAACGGGGACCUGGUGGAGUACGACGCCGACCACAUGGCGCAGAUCCAGCGGGUGCACGCCUUCCUCAUGAACGACUGCCUGCUCGUGGCCACCGCCCUGCCCAACCGCCGUGGCGCCUACCGCUAUGAUGCCCUCUACCCCCUCGACCGGCUGGCUGUGGUCAACGUCAAGGACAACCCGCCCAUGAAGGACAUGUUCAAACUGCUCAUGUUCCCAGAGAGCCGCAUCUUCCAGGCUGAGAAUGCCAAAAUCAAGAAGGAGUGGCUGGAGGUGCUGGAGGAGACUAAGCGCAACCAGGCCCUCAGUGAGAAGCGACGCUUGGAGCAGGAGGCCCUUCCCCGGCCUGCCCCGACACCCCCCGAAUCCACCAACCCUUUUGAGGAGGAUGAGGAUGAGGAGGAGGAAGAGCCCUCUGCUGAGGAGGAGGUGGUUGACCUCUCACUUGAGUGGGUUCAAGAGCUGCCUGAGGACCUGGAUGUCUGCAUUGCCCAGCGGGACUUCGAGGGGGCGGUGGACCUCUUGGAUAAGCUCAAUGAGUAUCUGGGGGACAAGCCUGUCAGCCAGCCUGUGAAGGAGCUGCGGGCCAAGGUGGAUGAGCGGGUUCGGCAGCUUACGGACGUGCUGGUGUUUGAGCUGUCUCCAGACCGCUCGCUGCGGGGAGGGCCGCGGGCCACCCGCCGAGCUGUGUCCCAGCUCAUUCGCUUGGGCCAGUCCACCAAGGCCUGUGAGCUCUUCCUGAAGAACCGGGCAGCCGCAGUGCAGACGGCCAUCCGACAGCUGCGCAUCGAGGGUGCCACGCUGCUCUACAUCCACAAGCUCUGCCACGUCUUCUUCACCAGCCUUCUAGAGACGGCAAGAGAGUUUGAGACAGACUUUGCUGGCAACAACGGCUGCUACUCGGCCUUCGUUGUGUGGGCCCGCUCUUCCAUGAGGAUGUUCGUAGAUGCGUUCAGUAAGCAAGUAUUUGAUAGUAAAGAGAGCUUGUCAACUGCAGCAGAGUGUGUCAAGGUAGCUAAAGAGCACUGCAAGCAGCUUAGCGAGAUUGGACUGGACCUCACCUUCAUCAUUCAUGCCCUUCUGGUUAAGGAUAUCAAAGGUGCUUUACAGAGCUACAAGGAUAUCAUCAUUGAGGCCACCAAGCACCGCAACUCUGAGGAGAUGUGGAGAAGGAUGAACCUAAUGACUCCAGAAGCACUGGGGAAGCUCAGGGAGGAGAUGAGAAGCUGUGGAGUGGGCAGUUUUGACCAAUACACGGGUGAUGACUGCUGGGUCAACCUUAGCUAUACUGUGGUAGCUUUCACUAAGCAGACUAUGGCCUUCUUGGAGGAAGCGUUAAAGCUUUACUUUCCAGAGCUGCAUAUGGUUCUUUUGGAGAGUCUUGUGGAAAUCAUCCUGGUGGCUGUCCAGCAUGUUGAUUACAGUUUACGGUGUGAACAGGACCCUGAGAAGAAAGCAUUCAUUAGACAGAAUGCAUCCUUCCUGUAUGAAACUGUCCUUCCUGUUGUGGAAAAAAGAUUUGAGGAAGGAGUUGGAAAGCCAGCCAAGCAGCUACAGGAUCUGAGAAAUGCUUCAAGAUUGAUGCGUAUAAAUCCGGAAAGUACCACCUCUGUGGUGUGAAGUGACCCAACUGUUCUUACAAACAGAGUGUGAAAGCACUUAAUGAAAAUGCUGUACAUUGAAUAUAUGAACUAAAUGGGUUUUUUUAGUCCCUGAAAAAUGCAGAAGUCUAACUGCUGCAUUCCAGAAGCUGAAGGCUUAUGAUCAAAGCCUGCCAGGAUGGAUGCAUUGCUUUUCUUGGUGGAUAGCGGGUAGGGGAGUGAGAAGUAAGAUCAAGAUCACAUGUCCUUGAACAGUGUAUCCUGUAAGAAUGGCUUGUGUAGUGUUUGUGGCUUGGGAAAUACUAUGAAAUACAACUUUCGGCUAAAUGUUUGUGAAAGUCUUGAAUAUACAUACACCAUAUGGCAGGAAAAGAUCACUUCUCCUCACGCUUCUGUAGGAAUUCCUUUUUAAGGCAGCAUUCUGGUAGGAGGGGAAGUGCUGAAAGGCUCGCAGGGUGUGGUAUUUGAUGAGGCACGUCCACCAUCCAGAUGUGACUCAGCACUGCAGAUAAACAACAUGGAUUUGCACAGUCUGAUUUGUUUGGUAGCAGUGCAGACUCUUCAGUUUCUCCAACAUCCAAAUUCUCUUUGUUAAUUUCAGAGGCAAAUCUAAAUUUAAAAUGCUUUUUUGUGUAGGUUUUUGUGUUUGAGUGAAGGGGCUGCUUCUAUUUAAUAAGUUGUUCUGUCAGCUUAAUUACAGCUGUCUGAAACAAAUCUGCUGUCAGAAACAUUUGUUCCCUUCAGAGAAGAAGAGAGAAUAUUACUUUCCCCAAAGUGUUGCGCUUCCUUGUUUUCUUGUGGAUUUCAUUGGGGUCAAGUCUGUUUGAAGAAGUAUGCACUCUUGCUUGAGGUGCUGUCAUAAAUGCAUUAAGGGCCAUUAGCUACUGGUAGAAACCAUAUUGAAGAGGCAGAAAUGCUCUUGAGAUGUGCAGGGCAGGGAGAGGGUCUGAAAGUAUUGUUUUGUUUGGAAGAAGCAGGAUGCUAGUUUUGCUGUACAGAAACAGCAGAUUAGCUGUGAGGCUUUUUGUAAAUGAUACGGUCUUCAAAAUACACAUUCUGUCUCUGCUGCAAAUAUUAGUAUUGUUUCAUGUAAUACAAUGACAACCAAGAAGAACUAUCUGCAGAAAACAUAAGGACUGUAUUUGGUUGGGAACUCCAAUGUAGGUGGGGAAGUUUAUGCAAACGCUUUUUUGUUUGGAUUAAAGGUGAUGGCUGUCUCCUUCAGUGUCUCUGAAAAUAAAAUAAGCCAGGUUUUGUGUAAAGACUGGCUUUAGAAAGCGUCACCAGCAUCACCUUUUAAACUGUGUAAACUUCUCCUUUAUUGCAGACUUCCUUAAUUGUGAGAAAAUCAUGUUACAGCCAAGUAACUUUGUAUUAGCCUGUCAGUAAGUGUUCUUAACUGGAAUAAUUAAGUUUCCUAUUUCUCUCAUGCUUUCAAGUAAAAGCUCUUGCAAUUUGUAUCAUGGUAAUGAAUACGUUGUCACUGCCUGAACAACUGAAAGAUAAAGCUAGUAAAACAUUCUGCAUAACUGCUUAUGCUGGAGCUGCUUCCUUUCUCCCUGUUUACACAGUGCUAGUUCAAUGCAGUUUUCACUUCAGUGGCCAGUUUUCUUUCUCUUGCUCUUUGGAUGUCUUUUGGACUGUCAGAUUUUGCAAAGCAUUCUGCUCUACUGUCUCUGCUCACUUGCUCUCCAGUGUGUGAGGCUUUUGCUAGCAAAUCACAGAAAAAAAUGUGCGAAAUGGUUUUAAAGGGUUACUCAGUGCUUUUAGCUAAAACAGAUUGCAAACCACCGGAAUACCUGUGGUUUUAUUUUAAGGCACAGGAACAGUGAAAGUUAGAACUUGUGACAACAUGUUAUCUCCAUGAGAGAGUCACACACGUGUUAUUUCACUAGUGAACUAUCUUUGAUACCAGAACCUAGUGAAGUCUGCUGAAAUAAUAUAUUCUCUAUCAUCUGUUUAAAGUGGGCAAAGGUAGCAACCUGGCCUUACUUAAUUUGAGAAAUAUUGUCAAGUGAAUAAUAAGUGAGAUCUCUCCAUGGUGAUGGGUAUUUUAGAGGAGGGAGAAGCGAGGGCUUUUUUUUCCUCUGAAGGCAGAAUAUUUUUUUAUUGUUUUCUUUACAGCAGAAGAAAGCAUCUUGUGAGUGUAGAAUAAGUACAGAUGAGCUUUAUGGUUUUGGUUUUUUUGUUUGUUUGUUUGUUUUUUUCCUGUGCAAGAGAAGGGUAAACUGUGGAACUGUGGCUCAAGGCUCUGAUUAUUGUGAUGCUUGAGAAUUUUGUAUAAGAAGCUGAAUUGUAUUCUCCCAAUUCCCAGCUCUGGCGUAAGACUGAACAGGAGAAGAGCCCUGUUCAUGCUUCUGUUGCAAGCUGGUAUAGCACAUCUUAUCCUCUUCAGGGGAUGAAAUUUAGAAUGUAAUUCUGCCAUGUACUCUGCUAUGCCUCGGUCACUGCUCCCUUCAUCAGUCUAUUUAUGGAAUGCAGGACCUACUGGUUUUGUCUCUGCUGUCACCCGUGGAGCAGUGGGCUUAGGUGGAUGUUGGUUUUAAUGAAUCAGGGAAUCUGGCCUUUCCUUUGGGUGAUCAAUAUCAUGUUUGUGUGCCUGUCACAAUUGAAACACGUGUAUUUGUAUGAACUGCUGUAGAUAACAUUGAUAUUUUGUAACUUUUGAAUCUAUUAGUGUCAUAAUAAAAGAAAAACAAUUAUUUAAAGAAAACGGUGUGCAAUUAAAUUAAACACACUUUGUAUGUUAAUUCCAUUAACAGAAAAAGUCACCACAUGCUGAGAGUCAUGGUUUAAUAAAUUUCAGAUUUGCAGAUGGUAAUUUGGAAUGGCACUUUUCCUGAGCUGUACACUUGUGGGGAUAGUGGUGUUCACGUAGGGAUUUGCAGUAACUACUGAAUAAUACAAUAGCAGUUUUGCUGAUCUGGGGAAGAGCUAGUUUUUGUUUUGAGACAAUUGCGUAUAAAAUCUGUUUUCCCUUAGCUGCUGUGUCAAAAUUGUGAUGUGUAAAAUGAUUUUUUUUUUUUAAUACAGAUGAAUUUAUGUAUUAUAAUUUAAUGCAAUAACUUUUCUGAACAGCAAGGACCAUGUAUUAAAACUCCUGGACAUACAACA